AUGAGUACACUAUCUGCUUUGGAAGAGUUUCUUCAUCUGUGCGAAGGGACCGAAAUUGCUGAUGGAAGCGGACAUUCAUUAAGACCACUAUCGAGCUCAGAAGUAGGCAGCAAUACGGUAGUAGAAUCGCCAAGUGGUGACGAUACGGGU